AUGGCUCGCAAGUUCCUCGUCGAGAGCGACGAGGACGAACCCGAGGCCGCGCCCGCGGAGGACGUCCCGGACCCGGACGAGCCGGAGUACGAGGAGGGCGCGACCAACUACCACGCGCUCGCGCGGCGUCUGCGGACGACGGCGACGGACGAGGAUGCGUUGACGCGAAUCGCGACCGCGUGCGACGAGGUGCGCGGCGGGAUCGACCCGAGGGACGCGGACGCCGUCGCCGCCGCGUCCGAGCGCGGGAUCCUGGACGCGCUCUUCGCGCUGAUACGCGAGCGGCCGCCGCCGAUUCCGGGACGGCGGCGCGCCGCGGACGGCGACGGCGGCGGCGACGAGAACGCCGCGCCCGAAGAGGAUGGCGGCGACGACGACGCGGCGCUGACGCCCGCGCAGCUCCGGGCGAGAGAGCGCCUGAGGGCGCGGCACGCGCGGUACGACGCGAUCGUCCUCCCGGCGACGCGCGCGAUCGCGCACCUGGUGUCCGUCCCGGGACCGCUGCGAAGAGAGGUCGCCGCCGCGGUCUUCUACACCCGCGCGCUCUGGGAGCUCGUGAACCCGAGCCUAGACGACGACCUGGACGACGACGUCGACGUCGACGACGUCGUCGUCCUCGACGACACCGCGAAGUUGACGACGUCGUCGUCGUUCAACGACACCGCCAGACCGAAGACGACGACGACGACGUCGUCGACCGCGCGCAAAGGCAAAGGCGGCAUCCCGCCGCCCCCGCCGCCGAAGCACCUCCCCCUCCCCGCUCCCGCGGUGGAAGCAGCGUUGCGAUGUCUCCUCUACGUCGCCGCCGGCUCGUCCUACGCCGCGAGCGUCUUCGCGGGGAACUUCGCCGGCGCGGACGACGUCCUCGGCCCCACCGCGCGGUGGAUAACGCAUCACAUGCGAGACGCGAAGAGCGACGGCGUCGCGCUGAAGGCGACGCGGCUGCUUUGCGCGAUGGCGCGGACGUCGAGCGAUCGCGCGCUGGUCUUCGGCGGCGCCGUCGCGACGCCGGGGCGCGAGGACGACGCGUUCGGCGUCGCCGUAUCGAGGGCGCGUCACGCGGAGAGCGCCGUCGGGAUACGGCGCGCGUGCGUGCGGUUGAUCGCGCUCGCUACGUCGGACGCGGGGGAGGCGCUGGAGCGGACGCUGCGGGGGUCGUGCGGCGCCGCGUUCGGCGGUGAGAACGGCCCUGAGAAGGCGAGCGGCGGCGGCGGCGGCGGCGGCGGCGGCGUCGGCGACGACAACUCGCCGCUGACGGCGCUGUGCCAUCUGAUGUUCGGCGAUCACGCGCUCGACCUCAGGGUGGACGCCGCGCGGACGCUCGCGUCGCUGUGUCGCGAGCACGUGGAGAUCGCGCGCGAGCUCGGCGAGCGCGACGUCCUCGACGCGCUGAGGCCGCUGGUGCCACCGCUGACGGACGCGGCGCCGACGCCGCCCCCCGAGGAGGGCGAGGAGGAGGAGGAGGAGGCGGUCGACGCGAACGACGACGAGAGCGACGUGAGCGUCGAGGGCGAGAACAUCCUCACGGACGCGUUCGGCGUUCGCGGCGUCGGAUACAUCUCCCCUCCGCCGAAACCGCGGCGCGCGACGCCGCGGCGCGCCGACGCGUUGGCGCCGGCGGCGCCGCCGCCGCCGCCGCCGCCGGCGGACGGCGACGGAGGCGACGCGGCUCCCCCCAAGCUCCCGACGCCGCCCCCUCGCGACGGCGCCGCGGAGUUGUUCCCCGUCGCGCUCGAGCUCGCGGCGGCGAUCGCGGAGAACCACCCGGAGGCGCGUCUGAACGAAUCGCGUCGGUGCGGAUGGCUUUUGUCCUACGUCGCGAAAGUCGGCAAACUCCCCCCCGCGGACGAGGACGACCUGUGGACGUGGACGAAGGCGUGCGUGAUGACGUUACGGGACGCCGCGCCCGCGCCGGAGCCGGAGCCGGAGCCGGAGCCGGAGCCGGAGCCGGCGGAGGGCGACGAAGCCGCGGCGGAGGAAGAGAAGGCGAAGGACCCGGAUCCGGACCCGGACCCCGACGCGCCGCCGCCGGAGACGGAUGAGGAGAAAGCCGCGAGGCUCGAAAAGGCGCGCGAGAGACGCGCGGCGCAGAAUGCGCUGCACCUCGAGGACGCGAAGUGGCACAACGACGCCACGAGACGCGCGGCGUUGGGGCUUCUGCGCGCGCUGUCGAUCGAGCGACCGGUGCGGAGGCUCGUCGUGUCGACCGAGUUGUCCAAUCACCCGGCGGCGCUGACGAAGGCGCGUUCUAUACACUGGUCCCCAUACAACCGCGUCGGCGUGGUGAACGCCGAUCCUUAA